UUCUCUAUAUAUAUGGCCGGCUAUACUGAUUUCAGUCACAACAUCAAUUUCAGUCUCAUACUCUCUAUCAUUGUAGUAGAAUAGCCAUGGAACAAGUUGAUCAGAGCCAUAAUCAGGCCAACACUCAGCUCACUGACGGCUCUAAUGGUGUCCCAGCUUCAGACGUGGCUAGAUUGUCAUCCGGAAGAAGAAAAAAUAGACGACCUGAAAGGGACUCUCGCAAGAAGAGUACAUUCGAAAUGCAUGACCAUACCUCAGUUGGCUAUGAAUGGCUACACCCCGGGUGGGUGGUAGAGGUGCACCAGACAAAGUCGGGCAGGGUCUACAAGCGUUACUUUGAUGAGAUGGGCCGCCCGUACAACACAAAGAAAGAAGUUCUGCGUCACUAUGCUGAGUGGGAGCAACUCUGUGGUGGGGAUUUCGGUGGCGAGGAGUAGUUAAAGAAAGGAGAUAAGCGACUAUUAGUCUCUUAUUAUUUCGAAUAUGGUUAAUAAUGAACAACAUGUUUAUAUGGUCAGUAAGGUUACAUCCUAAUUACUUUACAGGUACAACUCAGGACAUUGGAAGAGAUGAAAUGAUUGAAUCAAUCUGUACAAAAUCGUCGGAGUAGUGAUGGAUUUCAAAUCGAGUCUGUCAAGUGUUUGUAUUUAGUUGCUUUGAGGAUGGAAAUGAAAACCCAAAAUUUCCUUAACUUUUUCUUUUUUUGAUGAAUAAAGUUUCCUUUACUUGAUCACCAUAAAAUUUGCUCUAUAUAAUGGUUUUGCACACUCAUCACCUAAUAUGUCA